GCCAUUUCUGCUCAUGCGCGUGUUUGCCCUCUUCGCCACCGUGGCACUGGCUCUGCAAGCGACAGCGAUGAGCGCCUUUGACGACUCGGCGGCCCAAGCGGCCCUCGCCAACGCGGAAGCCUGGAUCGGCAAGCACCUCUACACGACCGCGGACGAAGCUGCUGGCGACGCCGGCGCCAUCCUCGAGUCCGACAUCACGUAUGAACCAUUGCGCAUUGUGCGCAACCGCGGCUUCACGGAAGACCUCGUGUUUGGCCGCCUCAACAUCAAGCUGGACGAGAACAAGGUCAUCACCAGAGUCUGGAUCGGCUAAGGCGAUCGAGCAUCACGCCCUUUAACCACCCCAACACGAAAAAUUGCAUUCUUUUCGUCCCCAAA